GCUGUGAACAUAACAUUUCACCACCUCCUUCCCUUCUUCCCACUCCACCAUUUUUCUUGUUCUCCUUAACCCUUCCUUCUUCUUUGUUUAAAACAAAAACAAAGACUCUCAACAAAGAAAAUCCCAUAACCCACAUUUCCUCUUUUUUUUUUUUUUCAAAAAAAAAAAAAAUUCCACCACCAUGAGCUCCAUUGUUCAGAGCUUUCAAAAGCGAAGUUUCUUGCCCACCAUGCCCGCACUUACAAACCCCAAUGGAUCACUACCAGUUUCACAAUCUAAACAAGACCCUAGUGAAGAUCAAAACCAAGGAAUCCGGAGGAGACUUUCCUCUCUUUCCCUCAAAAUCCAGCCAAUUUCUUCUUCUUCUUCCCCUGUUGCUUCAUGGGCAUUUCGAAGAUCCAAGUCUGUGUCAUCAAUGGGGGAAUAUGCAGGGAGUUCCAUAAGGAAAUGGUGGGAUUGGGGAUGGUCUUGGAUCCUAUCCAGAAAACCCAUUUUCGCUCAGGAUCUGGAAAUGAAUGAGGAAGAGACUAAGCUUCUUGGGUCCCACAACAGAGGAAGCUGGAGACAUGUUUUCUACAAAGUGAGGUCGGAGUUGAGGAGGUUUGUGCGUUCGGACCGUGUUGAUCUUCCUCAAACUUGUAGGUAUGAGUCUUUCAAUUAUUCCAAGAAUUUCGAUGAUGGAAGGAAAAUCCACUUGGUUCAGUGCAACUGAGAAAGUUAUCUGAGCUUUGAUGGGAAAAAAAUAUAUAAGGUUAAAGAUUCAGAUCGAAGACAUAUGAGAGACUAUAUUGUUUGGGUUUUUUAUUACUAUUACUAUUAUUUUAAUUUUUUGUUAUUUUGUUAUUUGUCAAUCUUCAUUCUGUGAAAGAUAUAUCAAUGAAGUAAUGGAAAUUAGACAGAUUGUUCUAUAUCAUGUGGGUUUGUUUGUGGAAUUAGACAACUGUUUGGUGGUCGAGAAAUUCGAGAUUAUAUCAUCCUAUUUUUUGCUGGGAAAAGUUCUCCAGCUAAUAAUAUUUUCAAGUAAAUUGCCUCAAAACAGUACAAACUUGUCAAUGAAUUCAAGCUUCUUUUUUCCAAGACAAUGGGAAAUUGCAGGAAAUGUUUCAUCAGCACAUAUCAGAUUGACAGCAUUAGCAGUACAUAUUCUUGUUCCUAUUAUUAUUAUUAUUAUUUUCAGCAGGAUCUAAUUAUUUGUAUUUGUACAAGCUUUAAAUUAUGUACGUUUGUAAUGUAAUAUAAGCUUCUGUUCUUUACCUUCCUAAGAGAUCUUGGUUUUGUAAGUGUGAAAA